AUGAGUCCUUCUGAGUUGGAGGAGUCUUGUUGGGUACAACAAGUGAGUCUCGUAGAUGAAACAAGCUUUCAAGGAUCCAAACCUUCUUGUUAUGACAUCAACAAGCAACUAGCUCUAGGGUUUCAGCUUUCAUGGAUCCAAAGCUUUGACAAAAUAGAAGGGAUUCGACAAAUUUGUCGCCUCAAUGAAAAGUCCAACAAAGUUAGCUGUAGUUAUUAUUUUUCUACAUGCAUAUUUAGAGAAACGUUCAGACCAAAUGAAAGAAAUCAAAAGUGUGACUCGUCCGAAAUAUUUUUGAGCAAUGUUAUGUUUUGCACAAAAUAUUACUUAUGCGAUAUAGGAAGGUACAUAUAUAUUGGUUAAUAUUUUGACUGGUCUUGAAGCAUUGGAUCGGUAGCUAAUUACAAGAGGUAUGUUGUAUUUAAUUUUUUUUUAUUUUCAAUAUUUUACAAUCUUGAAUGACAAUUGUAUUACUUUAGUGGAUUUUGAAUAUGUUAGAUAUUCAUCCGUAGUGAAGUAGGUUCUGAGAAUUCUGUGUGCUGCGGUGAUAACGGAAGAUUGAGAACUUGCAUGUCUUAGUGAAGUAGGUUCUGAGAAUUUUGUGUGCUGCGGUGAUAUAUGGAUGAAAACCUGUGUGUUGUUUGAUUUGAUUGACAUGUUGGUGUUGAAUGUGACAGAUGACUAGGCUAGUAAAUUAGGGGAUAUGUUGUCCGAUUUUCCAUAGAUGGUGACAUGUUGGCUUUUCUCUUUUUCUUCUAUUUUCAGUGCAAGAUGUGUAUUUUACUAUAUUAUAAUUUUCAUGUAAUAUGCUUUUUUUGUAACCUAUUUUUUUGUUAAAUUUCCAUGUAGUAUAUUUCUGUUAAUUGAUGUUGUGCUUUGCUUAGAUUAUGUUGUG